ACAAAUUGGCAAAGAGCUUUAAAAAAAUCCAAGGAGUUAAUGAAUGUAUUGAGUGUGAAUUUAUAGCAAACCAACACAAGAAAGCAGAGCACACCACAAUAGUUCUUCCCACUUGUCUUCUCUUUUCUUCUUCUGAUUCUUUAUUCUUGUUUUCGUUUCUUUGUUCUUGAUUCUUUAACAAGUAAUGGAAAAUGGUUUACUCUCUGUUUGUUUUCAUUCUCGUACUUUUGCACUGUUUUGAUUAAUUUUUGCUCUGAUUUGCUUUCACAGACAGAGAGAAAAAAUGAAUGCUAGAGUUCGUGCCAAGGCUCAACUUCAGAUACCGAAACCGUAAUCGAUUCAUGAAAAAGAAGAAAGGGAAACAGAGAUGGGUGAUGAGAAAGGUGGAAUCGUCAAGAUCAAUAACAGAAGAAGAUUGAAUAGAGAGAAGAAAAUGGCAUUACUACAAGAUGUUGAUAAGCUGAAGAAGAAGCUAAGGCAUGAGCAGAAUGUUCAAAGAGCUUUGAAGAGAGCUUUCAAUAGACCUUUAGGAGCUUUGCCUCGUCUACCUCCUUAUCUUCCUCCAUCUACACUUGAGCUUCUUGCUGAAGUAGCUGUUCUUGAAGAGGAAAUUGUUUGGCUUUCGAAACGUGUUAUGAAUUUUCGACAUCUAUAUGAAGAAGCUAUCUUUGCCAAUACAGCUGAGAGUAUCUCGAUGAAAUGUUUACUACACAAUCAAUCGAAAUCUAUAGCUCCAUAUGAGCAUAUCAAUUUACCAACACUAACGACAUUUCAACGACAACCAGGGAAUUAUUAUGCUAGGCUCAUGAAUCCCAAGCAAAGCUCUUGAAAAUCCAAUUCACCUUCAAAGGAGAAUCAGUUUGCUUCUUCUUGUUAUGUGAAAGAUAAAGCUUCUCCAGAGAAGAAAGCCACCAGAAUUGUUAGUUCAUCCAAGAAGACGAAGACUACAAUCAACCAUGAAGUCGUAGGGAAGGCUUAGAUGCUUUGAAGUUCCAAGUUUCAAUUGAUUGCUAUUUUGUACCAUAAUUACAAGUUAUACUCGACAUGACUUUGUGUUAAAAUAGCUUUCAAGAAACUUUUAGCUUUUUCUGUUAAAAGUUAAAGGAAAGAGUCUUGACGCUUAAUCAUCAUGAUAGAGGAAACAUUUUAGGAGUAAACAAUGGUCCAUUUUUUAUAAUUCCAAGUUAAUAUGGAAAGCAAAAUGUCCAAAUACUCCAGUUUUAAAAAGUUAUUUGAAUAACUUUUCACGAAA